CAUUAUUUGAUUUGGCUGGGAAAGUAGGGAGGGGAGGAAGGUGGUGGCCGUUGAGGCAGGUGGUGGCACUCGCCGUCGCCGGCCCCUCCUUGGCUUCCCACCUUCCUCUUCUUCCCCUCCUCCUUGUCUCGCUCCUCCCCAAUCUUUACCAGGGGUGGCGCGCGACCUCUGCCUCGGGAUUGGACUCCUCGGGAUCCCACCAUGGCGGCGGUGCUGGACUCCCUGGUGCAGCGGUGCGCGGCGGCGCUGGAGGACUUUGCGGGGCAGGAGGCCUGCGCGGCGCUGGGCAUCCGGGAGAACGUGCGGGGCCUCCUGGCCACGCUCGCCCGCAUCGACGCCGUGGUCGCCCACGAGGAGCAGAGGAGGGUGCUCAGCUCCAAGACCGACGCCUGGGUGGCGCAGCUGAAGGACGCGAUGUAUGAGGUGGACGACGUGCUCGACGUCUGCGCCGUGGAGGGCGCCAAGGUCCUCGCCGACGCGGACCACCCGCCCGCCCCCAAGGUGCGGUGCGCCUUCAUGAUGUUCUCCUGCUUCAGGUCGUCUGCCCCCCAGAAGUUCCACCACGAGAUCGGCUUCACCAUUAGGGACAUCGACAUCCGGCUGAGGGAGAUGGAGGAUGAGAUGCCCGCGCUCCCUGCCGGAUCAUUGAUCACGAGGAGGGACUGGUUGAUCAGUGAUCAAAUGCGCAUCAGGAGCUGCCACGAGCUGCCGGCGCGCGCGGUGGGGACGCACGUCCAGAAGUCCGUGGCCACGCUCGUGCCGAGGAUGAUUAGAGAGGGCAAGAAGAAGGUGGACGUCUUCGCAAUUGUCGGCACGGUGGGGAUCGGCAAGACGACGCUUGCCUGGGAGAUAUUCACCGACGAGAGGAUGACCGAGAACUUCCCGAUCUGCGUGUGGGUGAAGAUGUCCAAGGAUCUGUCGGAAGCGGCUUUCUUGAAGAAGAUCAUCGCAGGUGCCGGUGUGAGCAUUGGGGAUACGGAGGACAAGGAAGAGCUCCUUGGCCUCCUUGGCUCUGCUCUCUCGAAGAGGUUUCUUAUCGUCUUAGAUGACCUGGACAGCCCGAGUAUAUGGGAUAACCUGCUCAAAGAUCCACUAGGAGAUGGUGUGGCAAGAGGCAGAAUACUCAUCACGACACGGGACGAGGAAGUGGCGACAGGCUUGAAGGCGAUCGUCCACCGCGUUGACAGAAUGGAUGCGGAGAAUAGCUGGGCGUUAUUGCGCGAACAGGUUUUCGCAGACUCCAGUUCAGAAGAGCUUGGAGCACUGGAGGAUGUUGGGAUUAAGAUCGCGGAGAGAAGCGAAGGCCAUCCUCUAGCAAUCAAGGUCAUCGCAGGCGUCCUAAGGUCAAGACGCGCGAGCAAGGCUGAGUGGGAGAUGAUCCUCGAUAGUGAUGCUUGGUCCAUGCGACCGUUCCUUCAACACGUGCCACAAGCUCUCUACUUGAGUUUUGUUGAUCUGCCUUCUGAACUGAAGGAAUGCUUCCUCCAUUGCUCUCUGUAUCCGGAAGAAUGCCCCAUUCGGCGCUUUGAUCUUGUGCGGCAUUGGAUUGCUGAAGGCCUUGUGAAGGCCAGUGAAAACAAGGAACUGGAAGAGUCUGCUGAAGAGUACUAUUUAGAAUUGAUAGGCAGAAACUUGUUGCAACCCGAUCCUGACAAUCUUGACCAGUGCUGGAUAACACAUGAUCUUCUACGCUCACUAGCCCGCUCUCUGAUAACAGACGAGAGUAUCUUAAUUGAUGGUCAGCAGAGAUCGAGCAUGGGCCCAUUGUCCUCAAUGUCAAAGCCUCGCCAUCUUGCGUUGUGUAACAUGGAGAACAGCCUGGAGGGUCCAAUUUCAGUGAAGCAGCAGAUGAGCCUAAGGUCACUGAUGCUCUUCAACAGCCCGAAUGUCAGAGUAAUAGAUGAUCUUAUUGUGUCAGCCCCGUGCUUGCGUGUCUUGGAUUUGAGCAAUACAGCACUAGAGGCUCUCCCAAAAUCCAUAGGAAACUUGCUACAUCUGAGGCUCCUUAAUCUUGACGGUACGCAGGUCAGAGAUAUACCCUCUUCCGUCGGCUUUCUCGUAAAUCUACAGACCUUGAGCCUUCAAGGAUGUCAAAGUUUACAGAAACUCCCUUGGUCCAUAAGUGCAUUACAAGAGCUUAGAUGCCUUUGUCUCCAAGGAACUUCCCUACGCUAUGUACCGAAAGGUGCGGGUGAAUUGCAGCAUCUUAACCAUUUAUCUGGUCUAAUCAUUGGUCAUGACAGCAAUGAUCCCGAGGGCUGUGAUUUAGAUGACCUUAAAUUCUUGUCAGAAUUGAGGUACCUUCAUUUAGAAAGAAUCGACAGGGCUACUACUUCAGGAGCUGCUGCACUUGCAAACAAGCCAUUUCUGAAGGUUUUGCACCUGUCUGAGCAAGCACCAUUAAUUGAAGAAGAAGAACAGGAGGAAGAACAGGAGAACCUAGAGGGAGCAGGGAAAGAAGAGAAGAGCGAGCGUGAAAUAAACAAUCAGUGCAGUAAAGAUGAUUCAGCCAAAGCGAGCGAAAAGAUAUGGAAUGAGCUUACCCCGCCGCAAAGCGUUGAGAAGCUGGUAAUCAAGAACUACCAAGGUCGAAAGUUUCCAAACUGGAUCGCGGGUCCCAAACUAAGCACCUCCUUCCCCAGUCUUGCCUUCUUGGAUCUUGACAACUGCACGUCAUGCACCACGCUGCCUGCGCUUGGCCGCCUGAACCAGCUCAAGUCACUGCAAAUCUCUAAUGCAGAAUCAAUUGUCACCAUUGGUUCUGAAUUCCUCGGUACAACUGUACUGUCACAAUCCACUUCAUUCCCCAAGCUUGAGGUUUUAAAGCUAAGAAACAUGAAGAAACUGGAAGACUGGUCUUUAAGUGUGGAAGAGAGUCAGAUAUUGUUGCCUUGUCUUAAGUCACUGCACAUACAUUUCUGCCCUAAACUGAAAGGUCUCCCAGAAGGUCUAAAGCAUGCUGCUCUGUGUGACCUUCGUGUCGAGGGCGCGCAUGGCCUCACAGAGAUAAAGGACCUGCCAAAACUAUCCGAUGAACUGUAUCUGAAAGACAACAGGGCACUUCAGAGAAUCUCCAACCUGCCUGUGCUUCAGUCCCUCACUAUCGACGACUGCUCGAAGCUGAAGCAUGUGUCAGGCCUUGACUCGCUGUCGCAUCUCAGACUUGUGUUUCCCCCAUCCACAGAGACAUUCUAUUUCGAGGAGUUGGUUAUCUUCUGGAGUAUUGCGUUCCCACGGUGGCUGGAGGUGCUGAUCCGUAAGCGCAAUGGCCUGCGUCGGUUCGAGCUCCAGUGCACACUCCCUUUACUCAGGAGCUGCCUGGACGGUGGGAAGAACUGGCACGUUGUGCAGCAGAUCCCUGAGGUGCGCAUCACGAGCACCGAUGGCAAGAAGUACAUAAGGUACAACAAGGGUUGCCGCAUCUACGAGACAAAUGCUCAGUCUGAAGAUUGAAUCCUUCCUGAAAAUCUUGACGCUUGUUUGAUUUGGUAGGGGGGCAUGCUAAUGGUCAACCUGUUCCAAUUGCUUCAGGAGUUUGUGUUUACAUUGCAGGAGUUGGAUUAUUAUCAUCCAAAUGGUACAUAUACUAGAAAUGGUUUGAUGAGCUCUGAGGAAUGAGUAGGGUAUUUUUGUGAAUCAGUCAGCAGGUGCUCUCUUUUUUUCCUCCCUUUCCCAAAACUGAACAUGGCUUAAUCUUUCCCGAGGACUCAAUGUUCGAUUCUUUUCUGUUUCCUGAUUAUGGCGAUUUGUAAAUUGUAAACAGUGAGCUUGCUGGAUUUCGAUGAGUGUAAAGCAUUGCCACUUGUGUACAUGGAUUCAUUUUUGUGAUAUACUUGUAAGUAAUUGGUAAA